CUUCCCCUGGUGUGGUCACUCUGUACAGUCAUGUCCUCCCUCAGUCUCACCCACUGCGUCACCACCGACUUAUUCUCCGCUGCGUCAUCCGGUAACGCAGAUCUGGCCCAACACGGUCCACCAGGACAAUAAAACCAGCCCGGCGGUCAUCGCAUGACAUGGCGCACCCACAGGCGAACCUUUCACCUGUCACCACGGGGAGGGGAGAGACACAGAGAAAAGAGAGGGGGAAAGGAAAUUGCAAAAGGGAAGGCCGCGACGUCAUCCACGUGGGGUGCAACGCCCAUGACGUCAGCGCUUCUUCCUUCCCCUCGGCCGUCUCUCUCUCAUCUUUCCAUCUUGUUCCUGGCCGUCGACCUUCUGGUUCUGUUUUCCUUUUAUACUCUUCCAGCGUAACAUCCGCCUCUAUACUCAGACCCAGACCCGGACCCAGACCCAGACCCAGACCAGACCCUUACCGAAAGUCGCGCGUGCGCUGCGGUGCGAUAACAUAACCAACCCAGUACGUUAACUUCCUCCUACCGAACCGAGUCAAAUCAGACGAGCCUAACUA